CAACAUAGAUUGUCGGCAAAGCGUGAUGAGCGUGCGACGUCUUGUCUCUCCUUGGAGUGCCAUUUGCAUAAGCCAUGUGUUGCUCGUGUUGCUCUGGUGAAACUGUUUGCCGUUUCUAUUCAGGUUCAUGUACUUUUUCCUUAUGAUCUACCUGCCUGUGGUAGUACUAGAGGAGUGCUUCACUUGUUCAGUCUCACACCUUUCGAGAAGCAGCGAUGGCACCGCACGAAAACAUCACGGCAUCGCAGCGCAUGAUCUGUUCAUGCACGGGCGCAUUGACGACGUCAUUUUUCGCUCCUUUCUCUUGGUGCACUCAAUAGUCACACCUUUGGACGUGGUCAAGAUACGGCUUCAAGCACAGCGGAAGCAGCUUGUUAGAAACAAGUGCUUCCUGUACUGUAAUGGCCUGAUGGAGCACAUGUGCUACUGUCUAAAUGGAAAUGGCAAUGGCCAGAAUGGACACCACACCAUGGGACCACCAAGUCAGUGGUACAAAAGACCUGGACACUUUAAUGGCACAUUGGAUGCAUUCAUAAAGAUAGCAAGAAACGAAGGUGUCACCUCUCUAUGGAGUGGCUUGCCUCCAACCUUGGUGAUGGCUGUGCCUGCCACUGUUAUCUACUUCACAGUCUAUGACCAGAUCCGUGAGUUCUUCAGUAACCAUCUCUCCGGACGCAAGACUAUUUGGGCCCCUGCCCUGUCAGGUGGCCUUGCUCGAGUUUUUUCUGCCACUGUGAUUAGUCCCCUGGAGAUGAUUCGUACAAAAAUGCAAUCCAAGAGGCUGAGCUAUAUGGAAAUAGGACAAGCUGUGAAGAACCUCGUCAAGACCAGAGGUUUAUUAUCACUCUACGUAGGCCUUGGACCGACACUUCUGAGGGAUGUUCCUUUCUCUUGUUUCUACUGGACCUGCUAUGAGAACUUGAAGCUGCGAUGCAACCAGGAGGAGCCAACCUUCUUGUUUAGCUUCACAGCUGGUGCGGCUGCAGGGACUGCUGCUGCUGUAGUCACCUUACCAUUUGAUGUUGUCAAGACUCACAGGCAGAUAGAGCUUGGUGAAAUGGAAAUAUUGAAAGAUAAGAAGCCUUCAAGCACACUGGCUGUGAUGAGAGAACUUUAUCAAACCCAGGGCUUACGCAGUCUGUUCGCUGGUAUCGUGCCACGUGUAUCAAAGGUGGCCCCUGCAUGUGCCAUAAUGAUUAGCACAUACGAGUUCGGCAAGAAGUUCUUCCGACAGAAGAAUGCAGCCCGCGUAGGUGGUGCUGGCUCGAGUCUGUAGGUGAUAAUUCUUGUGAGCUUCACUCUGUCCUGAGCUGAGCUCACGGUGUACAUAGUACUAUCAGAGCAUGCACUUUAUGGUGUGUCCAGAGGCAUUGUCAAGGCAGCUCUGCAUGCAGGGCUACUCGGUGAAUUAAAGAAGCUGCUUUUUAUA